AUGAAGUCUUGGAUCCAGCUUUAUGCCAUUGCAUCCGGUGCAUCCCUUGAGGACAAAGAUUUCCAGUCCUUUAUGCGUCAGAGCUACGAACAUUACUCCAACCCCAUGCUUGCAGCCGUCAGAAACUUGGAAGCUUCAAAGAGCAAUGCCAUCCUGGCUGUUGAUUUCCACGAUCUCGUCCACGACGCUGUUCCAACCUUUCAAAAGAUACUUGCUCACCUGUCGUUGGAAGCGGACAUUGCUACCUGUCAGAAGUGCGUUCAAAUUCACGAGGUCAAACAUGUCAAUGACGACAUUGCAGCUUCCAUCGUGGAAUUUCAGACCAAUGCAAAGGAUGGCAAGAAAUCUGACUGA